GAAUCACUGAGGCUCUGAAUCUUUCCACACUUUUAUCAACUUAGAAGAACAUUUACUGUGGAGAUAAAAUAUGAAAAAAACAAAUCCCAGAAAUCAUUGGGCAGGGUUAUGACUGGAUGUUUUUGUUUUCUUGGUUUGCUAUCCAUUCCUUUGCGAGGCACAGACGGACAAGCAGCUGAUGCAGGAGGCAAUUUUCCUCUCUGCACACUCAUGCUAGGACCCGAAGGCAUCUUGAAAUAGAAAUUCAAAGAAGGAGGAGGACAGAAAGGAGAGAGAGAGGGGGGGACUUGAGACAGAACACUGCUAUGCCAGGCUCAAUACCUAGCAUGGCUGUACAGAAGAAGCAGAAUGUCCUCCCUCCAUCGCAGGGACCACUUUCUACAUGUACCUUCGAGAGCCGAAGGGUUGGAAACAGAUCUGAAGGAACAGGAGAGAAUGGCUCUCAUGUCAAACCAAGCCUACAAACAAAGAAAACAACCUGCUCUGCCAACAAGUCCAUACAAAUCUGCAACAACGUUAAACCCCGGGUCUCUGCAGCUGGUAAUGGACCAAAUGUUGAUGAAAGGCUCAAAGCAGCACGAGAAAGAAGAGAGGAGCAGCAGAGGUUGCUUGUGUCUCGGGAGCUGAGCCGACUGGAGCGGGAACAGCAAGCCAGGCGUUACUAUGAACAACAACUGCAGGAGCGAAGGAGAAAACUCCUGGAGCAAAGGCUCAAAGAGGAGAGGAGGCGUGCAGCUGUGGAGGAGAAACGCAAGCGGAGGCUGAGAGAGGAAAAAGAGCGACAUGAAACUGCUGUGCGAAGGACAAUAGAGAGGAGCCAAAAGUUCCAACAGCACCUCAGUCAAAGCUCAAGAGGCAGGAAGCCCACUAAGAAUGCUCCACGUCACUUGCCUCUGACACCAUGGGAGAGAAAUCUGGUCAGUCGCCUCCUUACUCCUACAUGCUCUUAUCUGGCUAGAAGCAAGAGUGCUGCUUGUGGGUCAGGAGAAGAAGUUGUCCAUGUUUGUCGCCGUGCAGCUUCAUGCCACCCAAAUAAUGCCAUCCCAUCCCCCACCAUCAUCACACCCAAACUCCGACAUCAGUCAGUUUCAGUCCACCGUGGGAUGCCUGCUCCACCUUGUUCCAAUAACAGCCAGCAAAGAAACAUCAGCCCUGCACAGAUGAAAACAGUAAGACAACAAGAAACCAUGAAGAAGAUCCCUAACAGUGGCUCUGCCAAAAGAUCACGUGUUGCUGUUAAUAAUAGUGUGAAGCUAGCCACCUCCACUCAGAGCAGAACAGCCUCAUCGUCAACAGAACGGAGCCCCAGAAUCUCAAUCAGCAGACAGUUAUUCCCAUUGCAUAUUGAGCUCCCAGCUGUUCCUGAGGAAGAUGCUGCUGUUUGUGUCCUUUCCUUCUCUGAUGGUAACACACGGCCUGCCAGCACACCAGAUAAAGGUCAACAAGAGACACUGAGACAAGAAAAUCUCCCAGAGAUGCCAUGUUUAAAGCUCACUGACUCACAGAAAGACGGCUCAACCAGAACAGCAACAGAUGCUCCUCUGCCUCCCGAGGUCAUGUUCCGUCCUUCAGCUGGUACUACUGACCCAAAAGAGGCCUCACGACUUCUAGCUGAAAAGAGGAGAGAGGCCCGAAUACAACGGGAGAAAGAGGAGCAGGAGCGUUUGCUGCGAGAGGAAGCUGAAAGGAGGAAUCGUGAGGAACAGGAGCACAGGAGAGCAGAGGAGCAGGCUCGACCGGAGGCUGAGGCCAAGCGUCUCUUAGAGGAGAAGAGAAGAAGGGAGGAGGAGGAUCAGAGAAAAGCUGAAGAAGAGAGAGUUCAGGCUAGGAGGGAGGCUGCCCUUCUGCAGAAGCAGAGAGAGGAGGAAUCAGCUAAAGAAAGAGCACGAGCUGAACAAAUAAAACAAGAGCGAGAGAUAGCUGCACAGAAAGAGGAAGCAGAGCGACAAGCAAGGAAAAAGAGACUUGAGGAGAUCAUGCGGCGAACCAGAAGAACAGAUUCCCCAGAUAUGAAAUCUGUAUCGGCAAGGACACUACCAAAGGAAAACACAGAGCCUCCGCAAAAUGGAACCAUAGAGGACGCCGCAAAGAUGCCAGUGGGGACUAAAACCGCGCAGCUUGGGUUAGGCAACGAGGACGACAUGGUACCUGUAGUGGCUUUCAAGGAACGCAGAUCCCUCAGAGCGCUUUCUGGCAUGGAGGAAAUCCAGACCAAACAGAGAGCAGAAGUCAUCUGAGCUCCUCCUGAGGCGUCUGCUAUCCGGGGAAGUCAUCAAAGAGCUGCGAUUUGCCUGCAAAGCUACAAAAUCACUACAGCACAGCCAUUCUGCUACCUUUCAGCGCCUUGAAAGAGCAUGUAACAUUACAGCUUUCCCUCUCAGUGAGGAUGUCUGCAGUAGCCAGCAGCUCACAUACAGGUCCUUCUCAAAAUAUUAGCAUAUUGUGAUAAAGUUCAUUAUUUUUCAUAAUGUCAUGAUGAAAAUUUAACAUUCAUAUAUUUUAGAUUCAU